AUGAAGUCGACAGCAGCAACGAUCGUCGUGGCGCUCGUCGUCGGCUGCUUGUUCGCCUUCUCUUGUGCAGCAGCAGCAGAAGCAGCGAACAGCGACGAAGACGUUACCACCGUCACCCCCAACGAUGACGAGGAAUCGAGCAUCGGCAGCAACAAAACCGUGCCCAGCGUCGACCGUAUAAUCGGCGGCACCCAGACGACCAUCGACAAGUAUCCGUAUCAGGUGUCGUUGCGUCGCAGCGGCGAUCACUACUGCGGCGGUGCCAUAAUCAGCCCCUGGCACAUUCUCACGGCGGCCCACUGCAUCGUGAAGAUAGCCCAUCCGCCUUACCGAGACAUCACCGUGGUCACGGGCUCCUCCGUGUCCUACGGCAAUUGGGGCGAGAGGCAUCGAGUCAGGCGGAUCGUCGUGCAUCCGAAUUACGCGGCCGACGAGAAGACGUCGUUCGCCAAUGACUUGGCAGUGAUCACGAUAGCGGAUACGAUUCGCUACAACCAGUAUCAGCAAAAGAUCGAGCUGCCGAGCAGGGACGUGACGAUCGGCGACGUCGCCACCAUAACCGGCUGGGGUGUGCGCAAGUAUCCGUCCUACGACGCCUCGCCCCAUCUCGAGUUCGCCCUCCAGAGGCUCAUACCCCUCGAGACGUGCGCCAAGAUGGUCAAGCCCUACGUGAUCAACAAUCAGCAGAUCUGCGCUCUGAACAGGAAGGGAAUCGGCGCUUGUUCCGGCGACAGCGGUGGGCCAUUGGUAGCUCACAAUCGACUCAUCGGAGUCAUCUCGUGGAUCAUCCCCUGCGCCGAGGGUUAUCCGGACAUCUACUCGAAUCUCAUUUAUCACGUCGAUUGGAUCAGGUCCCAAAUGUCACGAUUUUGA